AUGCUUGUAAGCGCCACUCAUCCUACCUACGACCGCAAUUCCAAUCAUCGACCACAAUUCGCUAGAUCCGUCUACUCUUCGCAUGUUCACACUUUCCAAGCCAAGGACCACCACGACAGCAUGACGCUUUCGACUUCACAAGCCGACACGCCUCUCUUUGCUGCCGAGGCGCGUCCCACCACCACCACCACCACCACCACCACCACCAACUCUUCGCCCUCGAUGGUUGCCUCCACUUCCACUGCCCCUGACAGUCUUGUACAACCAGUGCCAACACGUCCCAAGAAUCAUGUUCGCGGCAUCGCCUCAGAUUCUCGCAUUUGGACAACCGCUCGUGGCUUCUUCGAGGGGCGCUAUCAGGAACGCCAGUCUUACGCCAGCAUUCAGGAGAAAAAAGAGCUUGAAGCAGAGCGCGAUGCUAUCCUUCAGAUCCAGAGCGCUCAAGCAGCAAAGCGUCGAGCCAAGAUGAUGAGACUCACUCCCGCCUUCCCUGCCCUGCCAAGAGCCCACACACACACUCCUAGCCCUCCUUCCAGCGAGGCAUUUUCGGCACGCACGGCGAGCGAAGCUGACUUAGCCACACCUCCUGACAAUCGCCUCCCCUUCCCCAGCCCCAAGAUGCCGAUCAGCAUGGCCACAUCACAGAAUGCAGCUCCCAUCCACCCUGCUUUCAGAAAGGCGCUGGCACUCAAAGCCAACAGCCCUGGUCCAGAGGUUCUCGGUGGUUUGAGUCUCGAUCUUCACUGCCUUCCAUCGCCAGCUGGCGAUCGUUCGUCGAUUUCUUCCACCAACUCGGAGCUCAUUCGAAAAAAGUCGGGCGAGCCCGUCAAGUCCUCGCUCAAGCCAUACUCGGGCAGCUACAUGUACCCACGCUCCGCCAGCGAGGCUAUCGUUACCACCUCAGCCUACGGCGCCAAGUCUGUACCUACCACCCCUAGUGCUCCCAAGUUUGUUCACUUUGACAAGCAGCUCGAACACAUCAAGAUUUUCAAGGUCAAAGGCCGUCCACAGGCUGUCUCGCGUGAGGGCAGUCCAGAGCACACCGAGACCGAGACCGAAGAGGAGCGCGACUAUCCAUGGUUCGGCUCCCGCAGGGGCGGAGGUCCUGGUCGAGCAGCUGGCUCCAGGAGUCCCACCAACCAUCCCACCACUCCCGACGCUGUUGAAGCCGACGAGCAGCUCGUGUUGCGCCUGCCAAACUUCCCCUCAUCCGCCAAACUCUCGCUCGACAAGGACAUCUUCUUGGAGCGCAUAUACCUCUCGGAUGACUUGCGAUCCGUUCGUGGCACGGUGCAGGUCAAGAACCUGAGCUUCGAAAAAUGGGUCGCAGUUCGCUUUACACUCGAUCACUGGGUCACCGUCAACGAGGUCUCAGCAGAGUAUUCCGAAAGCAUCAAGCAGGGCACCGCAGAUCGCUUUGUCUUUUCCAUCAAGCUCAACGAGGUCUUGAACUGGCCUCGAGGAGCUGGCCUUAACGAGACCAAGACCAUCUUCUUGUGUCUCCGCUACACCACUGGCGGUCGUGAGAUCUGGGACAACAACGACGGAAGCAACUACCAGCUUGACUUUCGCAAGCGUCCUGCGCAGCCAGCCGAGGUGCCACGCAUGCCACCUACCUCGAACGAAAGCCGCGGCGCUGCUGCCUCCUUUGGCAACACGGUGCCACGCAGGUACACGCUCAGCUCCAUGGGUCCAGCUUCGACCUCGUCCAUCAUCGAGAUGGGUCGCAGGACCGGCGUCUAUGGCCAAAAGGCGACGCGCGACAACGCCAUGGAGAGGCUCAAGCAAGAGCUCGAGCGACUUCGCUCUGACGACGAGGAGGCCGAAAAGGCACCUCCUUCGUGCAGCUUCAUCACCGAGAUGUCCAAACGUCGAUCUCCACCCGUCUCUCCUGGAGGCGCUGGCAAGCCCAGCUCUCCUUCUCUGUGGGGUGCCAGGUACGACUUUGGCGCAUCACUCCGCGACCCUUCCAGCGGCAGUCGAAAGACCGAAGCGGGCCGUGCCGCCGCUCUCGACUACUUUUCGGCUCGCCCUUCGCCGGCGGCCUCAUCGAGCCCGGUUCGCUCGUCCUUCGUCGUCAGCGCUGCUACGCCUUCUCCGGAUGGUUCCACCCCCAGAAGCGCAGCAGAGCUUGUUCCCAAGUUCGGUCGCCUUGGCAUGUUGAGCCCUGGUCUCGGUGAUGACGUGGUGGAGCAUGCGGCUGUCAACAGCUCCACCACCAGCUCUCCCACCGGCUCUCUACUGCAAGUGCCUCAAGUAGGUGCCAACGGAGCCUCUAGCCCUCUCUCGCCCGUCUCGCCAACGCCUUCAUCGUCCACUCGCUUCAACUCCUUCCCACCGCCGAACCGCAACGCCCAACCUCGCAGCGUGUUUGGCAUCUGGCAUGAGGAAGCCCGCAACGGCAGCAACCCUGGCUCUGCAUCGGGUUCUGCGUCCGGCUCAAGGUCUGGCACGCCUCCUUCGCCCAUUGGCUUCUCGACUACGAGGAUCGAGAUCAAGGGUGACGGCACAGUGCUGGAAGACUACACACUCGACGGCAGCCAAGCCUCUCCCACCUCCUUGAACAACUCCCCAAACCCCUUCUCGCCGGCUCUUUCGGCAACAUCGGUUGAUUCUGACUCAACAGCUAUGAUUGAUUUUAGCAACGAGCCGGGCAUGUCGGACAGCUUGGAUGGUUUGGGCAGCAUCAGUGGUUCAUCGUCCUACCAUUACCUCCGUGCUGAUCACCUUGAAGGCAGGAACCGACCCUCUUCGUUUGCUGCAGGCGACGAUGCAGAACAGCGUGGCUACUCUUCCUCUGUCUUGUCUUUGUCCACGACGCUCUCGCCUUCUUCGGAGCUGGCGACGCCUGAUGAAGAGUUUAUGCGACCUUCCAACUUGACCAGCUUCAACGAGCUCGUUGCCCGCUUCUGCUGGAACGGUGACAACCAGGUGCCACAAGCUAGCCCGGACACUACUAGUCUCAACACCCACACACCCUCGUCCGCCUCUGGGCGCUCAACUCCCAUCGCUCGAGCAGGAGGCGCCUACUGA